UUUUCUUUUAUUAUGAUGCCCUUUUCUUGUCAUACGAUUAUAAUAAUAAGCCAACAGCUAAUUGGUUUUUGCUUUCCUCUGCUUCUAAAGAUUAAAGAAGACUGGUCCUUUUUCUUCCCGAGCUUCAGCACAGUUGUGUUUGAAGCAGAGGCAAAAAUGGGUUUGGCGAUAUCGAGGCUAUUUAGAUUGUUUUACUCAAAGAAAGAAAUGAGGAUUCUCAUGGUUGGCCUUGAUGCAGCUGGGAAAACAACAAUACUUUAUAAACUGAAACUUGGAGAAAUCGUCACCACCAUUCCCACUAUAGGCUUCAACGUGGAGACUGUUGAAUACAAAAAUGUGAGCUUCACUGUGUGGGAUGUGGGAGGACAGGACAAGAUUCGACCAUUAUGGAGGCAUUACUUUCAGAAUACACAAGGGCUUAUCUUUGUGGUAGAUAGUAACGACAGAGAAAGAGUUGCUGAAGCUAGGGAUGAGCUCCAUAGAAUGCUGAGUGAGGAUGAACUUCGGGAUGCUACUUUACUGGUGUUUGCCAAUAAGCAAGACCUUCCAAAUGCCAUGAGUGUUUCUGAAAUUACAGACAAACUUGGAUUACAUUCACUUCGCCGGCGCCGUUGGUACAUCCAGGCCACAUGUGCCACCUCUGGACAAGGACUCUACGAGGGACUUGAUUGGCUAUCAAGUAACAUAUCUAGCAAGGCAUGAUUCACUAGUUUAUGAUACUGGCCUGGCUGUUACUACCAUAUCUCAUAAGCAACAUAUAUUGAUGUUUGAUGGCUUGUGUAGUACCUGAAAUCUCCACGAUGUGCGACUUGUGAGAUCUAAAAGGUUCUAGUCAUGUAAUAUUUACACUUGCGUUGUACGUUGGUUAUGCAAAAAAACAGUCAAUGUAGUUUGGUUAUACGAAUGCUUCUUGGUCGA